AUGGUGCCUUUCCCUAAUAAGCACAUACGCAGGAGAAUAUGGAGGAAAUACAUCAAGAAGGACCCCAUAUGUGAAGAAGAAUCCGAAGAUCAAAUCGCCAUGAUAAACGAUGAAUACUGGUCGCCGGCGGGCAUUACAGAAUUCGCGGAAAGAGUUCACCUGUUGGCGAGCGUUCUCAAAAGGUUGCCAAACCUUCAAGAGGUCACAAUCGGUAUCGAUGAGGUGGGCUUGGUCCGCGACUGGUCUCGAGAACGCAACGGACAACAAGAGAUUGUUAUGCGACCACAAGAUAUAGGCUUCCAGCUCAACCUGAUCAUACUGCCUGCGGUGCACGAACUUCGCCAGCUGCGCAUUCCAAAGGUUGUCUUCUCUGAUACCCAUGAACACAUCGUGUGGAAAUAUAAAGAUAGCUGGCCGGAUAAAUACAAGGUUCCCCGCGGUCCUAUACCGGGUGGAGUGCUAGAAACCCUCAUCGCGCCAGAAAUGAUGCAGUCGCGGAAACCCUCUCGCAAGCGCAAACGAGAAGAGAAAACGCCCCCCAACCCGAAAAAGUAUCUCAAGAUCCUAGACUUCCCCCCGGAGUUGCGGAAUCGCGUUUACGAACAACUUCUCGUACAGAAAGGAGCGGUCAACCCCUCACUACGCAUCCCCAGCUCCCACAGGUAUUACCGCCACAAGAGGCUUCACGUACCUCCUCCAAUCCCUUCUGUCCUCGCGUUCCUUCGGUUCAACAAACAAAUUUACGCAGAAGCCUCCAAGAUUUACUACUCACACAACGACUUCAUCUUCUACGCACCCACCCAGUUCCUUGCCUUCUACGCAGCCAUCGGCCACGUACAACGCUCUUCCCUCGAGUCAAUCGGCAUCUGGUGCUACCAAUACAGCGACGCACCCAUCCCCGCCACAACAGUCAUCGGCCUCGUCAUGCAGCAACUCCAGACCCUCCCUCACCUCAAAAAGCUCAAACUCUUCCUCCCCCUGAACGAAGACUCCCUGACCUUAAAAGACCCCACAUAUCUAGACUGGGAGCACCUCGACGACCUUCGAGCGCUGCGCCGCAGGGGCGUCAAGAUUGAGGUUAGUUGUCCGCGGGCGGAUAGGAUUCUGUGGGUGAAGCAGAAUCAGUAUUGGGUGGGGAAGGGCUUGGUAAGGCCAUCGACUACUAAUACGCUGACGAGGGCGCAGAGGGCUCAGCGCGUGGUGGAUCACUGUGAUGAGAUAGCGGAUAGGAUUGAUAGGGAGCAUGGGGAUACGCCGCCUGCGACGCCGACGUCGUCGAUUGAGCGGAGUGAGAGCUCAAGCUCAAGCUCCGAUAGUGACUUUUUGUAG